GCGAAGGAGGUACUAACUCAACAAUACCAACCAAUGGAAAUAUAAGUGAAGUUCAUCUCACCCAUUUUCUCUAUAUAUGAUACUGAAAUAUAGAAAAAGGAAAAUGGAGCUUGUUAGCAUCCAGGGUAAAGUAAGACUUUGAGUGGGUGAUAUUCUUCCAAAAGCUCAAUCAACAACAUUCACCAUUACUCUCAAACCCUAAUAUGGUUUGAUUCUGUUGUAGCUGAUGAAGAAAAUAAGUUGUUUUCUUGGAAUUGGAAAACAAUGUCACUAUGAAUUUGUUGUCACCUAAAAUGGAUGCAAUGAUGGAUAACAAGAACUUGACAGAUGAAAUAGACCGUGCAUCUGAGCGAGAUUCUAAACCUAGUGGUAAACGAAAAUAUGAUAAGUUCGAUGUAGAAGUUGAAAUCACCAAGAACUUUAAAUUCACGUUGGGAAUGGAGUUUUCGUCUCUUCAACAGUUUAAGGAUGUUGUUCGAGAGCACAACGCGUUAAAUGGCAAGAAAAUAAAGUUUGCCAAGAACGACAAAUCGAGGGUUAGAGCCGUUUGCAAGUUUAAUAAAAAAUGUGGAUACGUCGUUUUGGUGAGUAGGGUGGUAAAGAGUGUCGUAUUUAGGGUGAAGACACUAUGCCCCAAGCAUACUUGUGGAAGGGUGGUUGUUAACAAGAGUCAUAGGUCGAAGUUGGUUGCAAAAGUCUUGGCUAAACGCAAUAACAAAGAAGAACAACCAGCUAAACAACGACCGCCAAUACAGCAAAGUUCGACAACUGCAUCUAAAAAGAGGGCGAGGUUUAAGGGAAAGAAUCCAAGUAAUGUCAAACCGACAAAGAAGAAAACAAAAAAAGGACUCGAUGUAUGUCGUACUUCGAAGAAUGAUGAAGGGUUAGAGCAAGAACAACCCAAAGUGUUUGUUGAUGGAGAGCCUCUUUACCAGAAUCAAGAAGAUAUGUUGGCUAGAAACACAUUUGCUGAGCCGGAUUCUGCAAUGAACCUUGUAGCAACAUCUAAUGAAAAGAAACGAAAGAAAAAAGUGACAAGUAAAUCGAAUUUAAAGAAGACGAGGACUAGUGAUAGAUUAAGAGCUUUGACCGUGAGAAGAAGAGUAUGUGAUGGUCCCGGGAAUAAUGCUAAAAGUCCGAUUGUGAUUGAUGAUAAAGAUGAUGAUGAUGAUGAUGCAAAAAGUCCGAUCGUGAUUGAUGAUAAUGAUGAUGACGAUGAUGGAGAAUCAUAUGAUCCGAAAGUUGGUAGUUGCAUGCAUGCCUUAAGAAAUUGGAAUGAAAUUUCCAAAAGUCCGACUCAAUAACAACACCAUUCCUCAUGCUUUCUUUAGGACUUUGAUCUGGUGGACCGUCUUUGAAGGCGUGCAAGGAACCUACCGCACAAGGCCUCAAGUUUCUUAAGAAUAAAUUAUAGGUAAAUAGGGUCUAAUAAAAUAUUUGGCGGGUUAAUUCGUAAUUAAGUAGGGUCUCUUUAUUUUUUUAUGAUUAAAUUGUGGCUAACCUACACAAGUCCACCAAAAAUUUGAGACGGCUUUGCUUGUUAUUUUAGCUCAAUUGACAAAAGUCGAUAUUAUUAGGUUGAAUGUCAUUACAAGAGUUUGAAUCCGGAAA